AAAACCCAUUUCUUUCUUCUUCUCCGAAACAACUUUUUCCUUUUUUUCUAAAUAUAUUCAUUAUUUGCUUCACCAGAUCCAUUUAUUUACCCUCUUCAAUUCUGAUUUACUUUCAAAAUUCUAACAUUUACCCAGAUUAUUAUCAUUUUCAAUUUUAAUAUUCUCAAAUUGAUUGGUACUGAAAAGAUUUAAUCUCUAAUUUUCACGGCUUACAAUUGGGUUUGGUAUUUGGCCCGAUUUACGGCCAUAGAUGGCGUCUUUGGGUCUCCGAUCAAGUGGAGGAAUAACACUCAAGAGUUAUCAAGUCAUUGACCGGGUCAAGUCACCAAGUUCCCAGAAGAAUCGGGUUCGGUUAGCUCCGACGAUGGCAGCAAACUGCUCAGCGAUUCAAUUAGUUCAAGAAAGGACCCACAAUUACAAUAUGACAGCAGAAUCGGAAAAGCUAGACCGUUGGGUGAAAGAAUCAGUGGGAGAAAUUGUGAAGAAUCUUCAAGAAGCUCCCUUAUUCGUCCACGUGUACAGUGAGCCCGGUACUAAAUUAAAGACAGAGAAAGCAAUUGCAGAUGAUUGGAGCCAUUUAAAGGGUAGAUGGGUUAAAGGGGAAGAACCAUCCCCAGAAGGGAUCAUUCUUGUGGAGGAAUUGAAAGAGGGUGAAAUGGGUAUUCUUGAAGAAGUUGAAGGGCAAACAGGGGAUUCUACAAAAGCAUUUGGGGUAUUAAUACAAGGAAAAGGAGAAGAUGGAGGUGUAGCUUGUUAUUUGUUGAAGACUAGUAAAGUUGGGUGUGGUAAUUUAGGGUUGUUUUGUACACAUUUUUGUUUGGUGAGGGUAAAAAGUUUUAGGGAAUCAGCAAGAUCACAACUUAAUAGUUGUUGGUUGGUAUAGUCAUAGUCAUAGAUGUUGGGCAUUUAAUUUCUUGGCUAUGUCACUUUGAUGGUUGAUUCAUGAAUUGUUCAAGAGAUUGUUGUCUUAAGUUGUACAAAAUGAUUAUUAUUAGUUCAUGAUUAUAACAAUUGGGGUAUAAUAAUAUUAUAAGAUGUUUUUUCCAUCUUGAUUGUAAGAUCAUGUGAAGUUUUAUGGUAUAAAACUUUAUGUUGAUUGGUAAGAGUAUAUAAAUUGUGUGUUUAUCUA